AUGAUCAGCAACCAGCUUCUCUUCACUGGCCUCGCCACCCUCUUCCUUCUCUUCACCACAGCAGCUUCCUGGUCCAUCACCUUCUACGAGACCAUGGACGACUGCAUGUGCACCAAGGGCCCCUGCCGCAAGACCUACCUUUCCUAUCAAGGUUCUGGAGACCCCUCGGAGUGCAUCACGACUGGCGUUGGAACUGACAAUGCCAACUGUGCCUACACCACCGACGGCGGCGUCACCUUCGGAGCAUGCGACCACUACAUGCACAUGGGAGCGUUCGCCAUUGGGGCUGAUACGCAGUGUGAAUGGGGCCACUACUGUACCGGAGCCGGAAGCGCUACCCAGUACGGCGAGGGCAAUUGCUUCGACGCUUCGGACUACGAGGCUGAAAAGCUGUUCUUCAAGUGUGGCAGCACCCAAUUGUGA